AAAAAAAAAAAAAUUCCCCCUCAACAACAUGAGAGAAAAUGGCUCUUACCCAUAAACGCCUUCUCAUUCAAAUCUCCCAAAAGCUUCCACCUUUUAUUGAGAACGACUCUUACCAAAUUAAACACUUUAUCUAUCAAACAAAUCUAUCCAAAAUUUGAAACCUUUCCAACAAAUAAAUCUCAGUUUUCUUUUCUUUCUUUCAGUUUUCUUCCUCCGAUGUCUACAAACAACAAGAAAAGUCUCCUUAAAUCUAUGUUCACAGCCAAUGCAGGCUGUGGAUGUGGCAACAUGAAACCCUCAGAUGUGUAUGACCCAAAACCACGACCCAAGAAAACCCUAAUUUCCCAUAAUAUUAUAAACCCUAGUUCUUCUUCAAGUUCUUGUGAGAAAAACAAUGGUAAAUCAUCGUCAACAUUAAUGGACAGCGAAGACUUCUCUUCCACUUCAUUCUCCUUCAACGCUGAGACCUCCACUUGUACGGAAGACUCAGAGAUUGAAAUGGAUCCAACAAAGCCCUCUCAGCUCCCCAGUCCGUGCCCUAAGAUGGUCGACAGCAUUGCAGUGGUGAAGGAAUCAAAAGACCCGUAUCAGGAUUUUCGGCAGUCGAUGUUGCUGAUGAUUAUGGAAAAAGAAAUCUACAAUAAAGAUGACCUUCAACAGCUUCUCAAAUGCUUCUUGCGGCUAAAUUCUCCUUGCCACCAUGAUGUUAUCGUUCGAGCUUUCACAGAGAUCUGGAAUGCCAAGAAUGUGGAUCAUUCACAAAGCUAGUUUGAUGGUAGCUAGCACAUGUGUGGUAGCAUGUGAGAACUGAUUUCACACGUGGGAAAUGGAUUAGAGGGGGAAAUGAGAUCUUUGAGUUGUAUAAUAAUGGUGGAGGCAAGGGUUUUCAAUUUUAUUUAAUACUAAUGUGAGAUGUCGAUAUAUAUUAUUUGUCUUAUAUUUAUGCUGUGUCAGUUAAUAUCCAAAAAGGUCAUUUA